AUGAAUCCAAUGACUUCAGCGGACCCCAUGGUCAACUCUGUGUUUAUGGGGACACCCCAAAAUGCGUAUACUGUGUCUCCAGGAGGCACGUCUCAGGUGCCCCUAUAUCCAAACUAUCAGCCCCAAGUCCAGGUAAUUCACGGGAACCCACCUGGUUUGGGAGCAUCUGUGAGUCAGCAACCUGCCCAGAGAGCCCUGAAAGAAGGCAAAGUCUUAGGGGCCAUCCAGAUCCUGAUCGGCCUGGUUCACUUCAGCAUCGGCUCUGUCAUGGCGACCGUCUUGUGGAGCUAUAUCACUAUCUCAUUCUACAGAGGCUUUCCCUUCUGGGGAGGCAUCUUGUUCAUCAUGUCAGGAUCCUUCUCGGUGUCAGCAGAAAAGUAUCCCACAUCUUCUGGCCUGCUGAAUGGCAGCUGUACCUUGAACAUCAUCAGUGCAAUCAGCUCUCUGGUUGGAAUCAUACUCUUAUCCUUGGAUUUAAUUUAUACCAACAUCUACAUCACUCCUCUGCACUUAGUUCCUCCCCAUCUGGUCUGGUUCCAGAUUCCUGGAAUGGCAACUUCUGGUGUGCUGCUCAUCUUCUGCCUCCUGGAGUUCUGCAUUGCAAGUGCCGCUGCACACUUUGGCCUCCAGCUUUUCCGCUACAAACGCAACAAUGUGGGUGUGGUCUACCCAAAUAUCUAUGUGACAAACCCAGUGGUCAUCCCAGAACCAGUGAACUCACCACCAAGUUAUUCCGAGGUCCAGGACGCCAAAUAA